AUGGGUGACCCCGGUCACCUCCCCAUCACCAAGGGUGGAGGUGAGUGGGUGACCAGGUGGUGGCUUCAACCGAGGGGACAUCAUGGUGACACUGGAGGUGACCUUCAGCAGGUGCCCAUCUUCAGCUCCCCAAAACCACGACGGGGCAGCGCCUCGUUGGCUUCUGGUGUCACCAACUCCUCAGUGACACCUUCAAAGCCACCCCAAGCCUGUCACCCGCCGGUGACACGGUGCUCAGCCAUUGCGUGUUCCAGGGACAUGUCCCCAGUCACCAGGUGUCCCAAGGACAUGUCUCCAGUCACUGGGAUCUCCAGGGACAUAUCCCCAGUCACCAGACACACCAAGAAUGUGUCCCCAGUCACUAGGAUCUCCAGAGACAUGUCCCCAGUCACCAGGUGUCCCAAGGACAUAUCCUUGGUCACUGAGAUCUCCAGGGACACGUCUCCGGCCACCAGACACCCCAAGAACAUGUCCUUGGUCACUGAGAUCUCCAGAGACACAUCUCCAGUCACCCAACGCCCCAGGGACACGUUCCCGGUUGUUGAGAGUCCCAGAGAUGUGUCACCGGUCACCAGACACCUGAGGGACAAGACUUUGGUCACUGAGCAGCCCAAGAACAUGUUCCUGGCCACCAAGAACCCCAAGGAUGGGUCACCAGUCACCAGACACCCUAAGGACACGUCCCCAAUCACCAGAUACCAUGAGGACGUGUCACCAUCCACCAGGCACCAGAGGGACAUGUCAUCGUCCACCAGGCACCCUGAGGACAUGUCCCUGGUCACCAAGAACCCUGAGGAGAUGUCCCCAGUCCCCAGGCACCACAGGGACAAGUUCCUGGGCAGUAGGUACCCCAGGAACAUGUCCCCAACCACCAGGCACCCCAAGGACCCAUCACCAUCCCCAUCCACUGGGCACCUCAGGGACAAGUUCUUGGCCACCAGGUACCACAAGGACAUGUCCUUGGCCACCACACACCCCAGGGACCCAUCACAGGUGAUGGGACACCCAAGGAACAUGUCCCUGUCCAGGAGGUACCCUGAGGACAUGUCACUGGUCACCAGGCACCCUGAGGACACAUCUCCAGCCCCUGGUCACCACGAGGACACAUUGUUCGGCAGCAGGUAACCCAAGGACAUGUCCCUGGUCAUCAGACACACAUCACUGGUGAUGGGGCACCCAAGGGACAUGUUUCUGGCCAUCAGGAACCCCAAGGACACAUCUCCAGCCACCAGACACCCAAGAGACACAUCGUCAGCCACCAGGAACCCUUUGGAGAUGUCCCCAGCCCGUGGUCACCACAAGGACACAUUCUUGGGCAGCAGGGACAUGUUUCUGGCCACCAGGUACCCCAAGGACACAUCUCCAGCCACCAGACACCCCAGGGACAGGUCCCCACUCCCUGGUCGCCUCUCACCAGCACUCAGCGACGGGGUCCUCACACCACAGCAGGUGGCCAAGGACCUGGAGAUGGACCAAAACACCACCUGCCCUAGCUCCUUGGUGCCAACCAUGCCACGGUCCUUCUCACCACCACACACCUAUGGCUACAUCUACGGGCCAUCAGCUUCUGAGCUGGAUGAGGAGGAGGAGGAGGAAGAGGAGGAGGAAGAGCAACCAACAAUGAAGGGUUCACCGGUGGGGUCACUGUUGAACGGUUGGGGGUCGGUCUCAGAGGACAACUUUGCCAGCACCCGCUGCAGCUUGGUGAGCUCCUGCGAUGGGUCCUUCCUCCUGGACGCCAGCUUCGCCCGGGCGCUGGCCGUGGCCAUUGAUGGCCUCUGCUUGGAGGACACCGAUGGCACCUAUGGAGGUGGUCACAGGAGAAGGAGUGGCAGCCCCUGGGCCAGGGCAGGUGGCGAGCUGAGGACAGGAGGGACGGGAGGGUGGUGGCCCCCAAAGUGUAGGACAAAUCGAGGCCGGAGUCUCCUCAACUUGGCUAAAACCCAACUUUAUUCAGUGGUUCCCCCAAAAAAGGGGGAGCAAAAGCCACCCAGAAAUG